AUGGCUCACACUCCAAUACCAUCCCUCCCUCCACAUCCCAACAGCACUAAUCUAACCACUCCCAAAUCAGCAAGGGCAUCUCCGUCAUUUCACAAGCAUCGAUCCGAAGUCCAGUCCAGCCCAUCCCCAGUUCAAGUGGGCCAUACAUCGCUCUCCUCUCUUCCCGUGACAGACGCUGAAGCAGUUGCAGAAGCAGCAGCAGCCGCAAAGCACGCAAACGGCACCAUGGUAGCGUUCCUCAUUGUCUUCCUCACAUCUCUGCUAACUCUCACCACUCUCCCCGCCGCAGAGUCGAGACUGUACAGCAACUACUACCAAAAAUCGUGCCCGAGAUUCAACCAAAUAGUCCAAGACACCGUCACCAACAAGCAGAUCACCAGCCCCACUACCGCCGCAGCCACCCUCCGCCUCUUCUUCCACGACUGCCUCCACAACGGCUGCGACGCCUCCAUCCUCGUCUCCUCCACCCCCUUCAACAAGGCCGAGCGCGACGCCGACAUCAAUCUCUCCCUCCCCGGCGACGCCUUCGAUGUCGUCGUUCGCGCCAAGACUGCCCUCGAGCUAGCCUGCCCCAACACCGUCUCCUGCGCCGACAUCCUCGCCGUCGCCACCCGUGACCUCGUCACCAUGAUGGGCGGGCCCUACUACAACGUCCCACUCGGCCGUCGCGACGGCCGCGUCUCCAAGGCCUCCGCCGUCGAGGGCACCCUCCCGAGGCCAGCCAUGCCGGUGUCUCAGCUCAUCCAGGUGUUCGGGUCCAGGGGCUUUUCCGUCCAGGAAAUGGUUGCCCUCAGUGGGGCCCACACCAUCGGGUUCGCCCACUGCAGCGAGUUCAGCUCCGCGAUCUACAACUACAGCAAGUCGGAACAGUACGACCCGCAGUACAACCCGAGAUUCGCCGCCGGGUUGCAGCAGGCCUGCGCCGAUUACCACAAGAACCCGACGAUGUCGGUGUUCAACGACGUAAUGACCCCCAACAAAUUCGACAAUGUCUACUUCCAGAACUUGCCCAAGGGUUUGGGGCUUUUGAAGUCGGAUCACGCCUUGUUCAAUGACCCGAGAACCCGGCCCUUCGUGGAGCUCUACGCCAAGGACCAGAACACCUUCUUUCAGGCGUUUGCGAGGGCGAUGGAGAAGCUCGGCGUGCACGGGAUCCAGACCGGGAGGCGAGGAGAGAUUAGGCACAGAUGCGAUGAGUUCAAUUAA